CGAAUGACAGACGUAACCUUUGAAAACAAAAUGUGACGUGGCUAAUCCCAGCUGGACUACUAAACCAAGAAAGCCUGAAUUAUUUCACGCUACUUUGGAGUAAUCAUAAGAAUUUACGGUCUGGAUAAGGAAGUCCAAACUAUAAUACCGAGGGAAAAGUAUUCUAAUUACUUCCGGGAAGGAAAUAACAAGCAGAUUUGAGGCAUGUUGUGGUGAGAUGUCCGACAGCGAAGCGCCUCAUCAAUCAGCCGACGGAACGGAGGGGCCACCAAAGAUGGAGGAUCCACCUCCUGCUCAGACACCAGGCAGCUCCUCUCCAUCCACGCUGGACCACUCCGCUGACGUAGCCCCGACGAGGAAAGCCAGGAGAAGACCGGAGGCCAAACCUGCAGCGGAGACCGAGCUGACAGCAGGAGGAGAGGAGGAGCAGCAGCAGGCAACGACACCCAGUGAGUCAACUGUCUCUCAAGGCGGCUGGGGAUACUGGGGCAGCUGGGGUAAAUCCAUCCUGUCCACAGCAACAGCUACUGUGACCACUGUGGGCCAGGGCCUCACUCAGGUCAUUGAGAAGGCGGAAACAUCUCUGGGGAUUCCCAGUCCGACUGAAUUAUCAACCAAGGUGGAGGAAGAGGAGAAGCAGCAGGGGGAAGGCAGCAGCGAGGUGGAAAAAGCGGCAACUGACGGACCCUCCCCGGUGGGAAGUGCGAUGGGGAUGUUGUCGUCUCUGACGAGCGUAGUUCAGACCACAGGGAAGACUGUGAUCUCUGGAGGCCUGGACGCUCUGGAGUUCAUUGGGAAGAAGACGAUGGACGUGAUAGCUGAGGGCGAUCCUGGCUUUAAGAAGACCAAAGGACUGAUGCACAGGAACGCCACUCUGUCCCAGGUUUUGCGAGAGGCUAAGGAGCGAGAGGAGCUGCAGACAGCAGAGGACGGGUCCUCAGAUGCAGAGAAGAAAGUGGUGGCGCACUACGGGAUGCUCUUUGAUGAGUUCCAGGGUCUUUCGCACCUCGAAGCCUUGGAGAUGCUGUCCAGAGAGAGUGAGGCUAAGGUGAAGUCUGUGCUGACCACUCUGUCCGGAGAGGAGCUGGUCCGGCUCAGGGAGGAGCUGGACCAAAUCAAGGACUCUUUCUCCAUGGUGGAGUUUGAUGACGAGGAGGUGGACGACAAGACAGAUGAAGACGGGACAGAGUUCGAGAAGGAGCUGACGUCAUCUGUGGACGGCCUCAGCGUUUCCGCCACAGCGGACAAACUCAGUAAGGCCUGCAGGAACGCCCGCAGCACGAUCAGCCACAUGAGCAACCCACAGGAAGACGGCGAAGCGGAUGAGAAGACGCACUCUGCAGAGGAUGUGCACGCUGCCGCCAUCCGGAGCCUGGCGGAGCUGACCGCUCGCUCCAUCGAGCUUUUCCACAAGCUGGCCGAGAUGAUCCUGUUCUCCAACCACAACACGGGCGCCGGCGUCCUGGCCCAAUUAACCGUGGUCCUGUGUAAAGAAAUCUCCCUGCUUUCCAAAAAGUUCACCUCCUGCCUGACAGCAGCGGGGUUUAAGGAGAAGGGAGACAUCCUGAACCCGCUAAUUACAGGAGUCUUUCUCGAGGCUUCCAACAGUGCGUCUUACAUCCAGGAUGCCUUCCAGCUCCUCACGCCGAUCCUGGAGAUCUCCCACAUCCAGAGGAGAGCCGGACCAGCAGAAUAGGGAUUUCUGGCCACUGCUUCUGUAACGGACAUUGUGAUGGCGACUGAAGCCCCCCCGGCAGAGAACUUACAAAUCCUGAACCCUUUUCUAGUUAUCUUCUGUCACCCAGUGUUUAUGUGUCGAUGUUCAACUGUCCUGUGUGCAGUAAGCGAACUUCCUGAGGUGCUGACCCGGAAUGUCUGGAUCUGCCAGCUGUAAGUCGAGAGAACAAAAAGGAAAUAUCACAAGCGUGAAGCGGAACAUUCAUGUGCUUUUUACUUUAACGGGGCACUGGUCAAAUCUCUUUAUUUAAAGAGAAAACAUGUGGAAAUGGAUCAAAAAUGUGGAUCUGUUUCCGACGGUUUUAACUAAAUAAAAAGGUAAAUUAAAUCACAA